UCAGAUGUGGACGGACGCUGCUCACGGAAAAAAGGGGCGCUGAUUGUCGCUGAGAGAACGGACAGCGGAUUCGCUAGUAGCUGUUGUCGGGGAAAGCCACCGCGCAAGAUUGUGUUUGUUGAGGAGUCGAAUUUGGCAUUGCCGAGACUUGGCUGCUUUCUCUACCGCCGCGAGACCCGAGUUGAGCGCAUAAUGCGCGAAGCGGACUGAUCGGCCCGGUGAGUGGGUGUGCAGAUUUCGUCGGUGUGAGGGUUGCCAGGGCUGGGUUUGAAGCAACCUUGGCUCGAUGCGCCGUCCAGCUUCGCUCCAGACAGCUCAGAGGAUGCACCCGUCAAUAACAGACAGGUGAUUACAGUCCUCCCCCCAAAAAUCAUGAUCGCACACGGGGAGACAACUCACACACAAGGCUCGGUAUUUGCUGCGGGCAUUCAACGCUAAGAUGACGAGGCAUAGACCGGCGAUGCAAUGACGAACAAUGAGCAGACUGCCUCCUCGCCUCUCGAGCAAAGACCCAUUCAGAGGUCCUUCUGUACGACUCUGCGAGACGAGACUCACUGGAAAUGUCUAAUCCUCUCCUUGCUUAUGUACGGUAGCCUGACGGUCAUUCUGUGGUGUGAGCUGACCACCGUGGAAGUGGUAGCCUACACAUACCGAGGCAGUCCGGUUCCUAUGCACGAUAGCCCCUGCGAAGAUGGCUACAUGUACAUUCCAGUGGCCUUCCUGGUUCUUCUCUAUCUCGUCUACCUCUUGGAGUGCUGGUACAGCGAAAUCAGAAUCGAGAUCUUCUAUAAGGAGGACACCAGGACGGUCUAUGACCGAAUCCGCCGGAUACGUGAGUCUUUUCCCGUGGUAUGGUGGAGGGCGAUUUCCUACCACUACAACAGACACACUCGACAAGUGACUCGCUAUCGCCAUGGGGAUACCUACACCACCACACAAGAGUACUUCGAGCGGAUCAACACUCACUCCGCGGCCAGUGCGUUUGACUUCACAGAGUGUGGGGUCAAGGACGUGUCCAAGCACCUGAUUGACCUGGAGGAGUUCCCUAUCACUCGCGUCAGCUUCAGCAAGAACUUCAUGUUCUUGAACGAGGAGUCAGAGUACGACUACCUGUCGCAGCGGGCCCGAUUCUUCGGCGAGAAUGACGGCCGUGACGAGAACAUGGAGACGCGUGAGGGUCUGACGCUGACGGACGUUGAAUUCACGGACGAUAUGAUUUCCUAUGCCUACACACCAGAUAAGCUUCCUUGGUAUUACUCCAUGUCCGUCUUCUGGGCCAUGUCUUUCAUAAUGCUCUCCUGGCCGUACAGGCUGAUAGUGUCUUACAAAACAGCCGUGGUGGACUACCAAAUCGAGAAGCUGUUUGGUACCAACUACUCCACCGGCAUGCUGUCAAUGGAGCACUGGAACGGGGAGACUAUGCAUCUAACACGGGUAAGCAAUGUUGGCAGCAACUGCAGCCUGGAAUCUAUGAUACGAGGAAACCGCCACGUCGUUCCUAGCUACUCGGAGGCGGUUCUCAUGGACCUUGCUAACGGGAACGUCCCCCGGGCUGGUCAGACUCCUAACGGUAACACACCUUUGGCUGCGUCGAGAACAAGGAGCGUCGGUGGAAGUGAUGGAUUCCUUGCUAACGGAGUGCAUGGCGCCGUUACCAAUAACAGUGGUUCAAGGAGGAGUAAUGUUCGACGACUGUUUUCGUUCGCUAAUGCAAAGAGAUCAGCCACGGCUCCUCUUCACGGCAGUGGUGUUCUCAGUGGUCGCAGCAGCCCUUCGCUUCGUGCCAUUGGCGCGUCGGCUCAUUUAUUGAUAACUAAAGACCGUUUGAAGGGGGCAUCAAACGGUCAUGCAUCACCCAUAAGCAUCCAGCUAACUCCUACCAUCAAUGGCAUCGGAGGGAUACACCUGAGCGGGACAAGCAUAACUCCCAAAACACAAAUACCCAACGUCAAAGCCGAACAGAUGAACAGAGCAGCCGCUAGUGCAGUGUCUCCUAGACAAGAGACAUCCUUCGCUGCAAAAGCUGCUACUACGUCUUCUUCCACCGAAGUGCAGACAAACAACACGAAGAAGCGACCGACUUCCUUGCCGCUGUGUGUCAGCAACGCCGAGACCGUCAUUGAGAAUUGCGUUAACCAGCAAUGUUUGCCGUCUUGGGUUGUGGUUGAUGAGCACCAGGGAGUACGGACCGUCAUCCAGCAACCUCAGGCCACCCAGGCUCCUACGGAGAACCACCUAGUGUCCCACCACCAACCUGCCAUGCCAGAGGAUCCCCCUCCGGCAUACGAAGUAGCACUGGAGAUGGAGGUACCACCAAUGAGCGCGGAUCAUGAACGUCCAGUAGAGCCGGAAAAUCAGCCACAGCAGUCAAGAAUUAACAUGGAAACCUCACUCUGACGAACUUUGACUCUAUUUUGUACACGUGUUGUAAAACACAUUGAUUUAAGACGUCUUAAUGUGCUUCCAUUUUUGCAGCUAAAAUGGAACUCCUUUGAGACUGGUCAACACAUUUGUAUUCUUGUUGAAAUAGCAAAGCAGAUCAUAUUCUUCGAUAGGUUGUGAACAAGUUCGCAUUGUAUAUGGGGAGAGGGGCUUGACCCUUGACGGCAGCAUCUGUCAAGAUGCUUUUUCAAGUGUUCUCCACAUGAUUGUGCCAGACAGAAGAUGCAGGAAGAUGAGGCGGCCAAAAGGUCUGAGAUGUUGGAAUAGGGGAACUACUUGCUCAGUGUACCAAUAAAAGAGCUCUGUCAAAUAUUUUUUUAUUAUUGUUUUUAUCGCCAAAUUUAGCCCAAGAACAAUAGAGCCCCAGAAAAGCUGGAUACGAAAAGUGAGUAGCCCAAACAAAACAAGCACAGCGGCGAAACAAAACGAAUACUACUAAGAAAAUUUUGACGAAUAAACGUAAGAUUGUAAACUUCGUACAGCCCUGCUAUUGCAUUCCGCUCUUCAAACCAAAAGUGUCAAAUGAGCAGAAGUUCUGACGCUAUCAACACUUCAAAUUGUGUUGUCGAUUAUUUUAAAAUAACAAAAUGUUGAACUUAAAAUAUGUGAAUUAUCUUUAUAGAGGAUAAAGGGUAAACUAUCCUAGGAAAUGGACACAUUUUAGCUAUGUUAUAUUUGACAUUUGUGAGAGUACAGCCGCAGUCACUCACUGCGCGCUUAAUAAUAUGUUUAGAUCUACAUGUAAUAGUUUUAGCGUGCUAAAGAUAUAUUUUAAAUUAACAAUCAGCAUGAAAGUCUAUCACAUCAUUUACUCUGUAAAAUAAAGAAGUCACCAUCAGUCUUUCGUAUAGUUGAUAUCAAGAUUCACGCCUACAACUAUUGCGACAUUCAGUUUAAUGUUCCACUCUUAUAAACAAACACCAACACAGAUACAACAUAUAUUUCCUAUAUAUUUCUAAGGGUUUGAUAUCCGUUUUAAAUGAAGGACACGUUUUUACAGACAUACACAUAGACAGUUUGUUUUGUACGCAGAAAGGACUUUUCAAAUGCCAGGCCACUGGCCUAUUCCCGUGCAAUGAGUGUUAUUUCUCAGUUUUAAGCUGCAUCACUUUUGUUCAUUAAAUUACGUAGUGGGACUGUUCGUCUUAAGACACGUCUUGUUUUUAUAUAUGAUCAAGUAAAAAUUAUUAAAAACGCUAACUUGUCAGUCAUUCUAGGGAAAUUAAGCAGCUCUUGGAAACUUGGCAAAUAUUACAAACUUGCAUGAAGUUCUCGAUCACUUGUUGCAUGUAUUUAAACACAAUGCUGACACACAAAAACACAGGAAGAAUUUCAGGAAAAGGAGUUCUUCACCAUCAAUAUUGAAGUUGGAUUGUUGUUGUCGAGCGGCACAAGCAAAUUUCUAAAAGCAAAGCCAAGUCGAUAGUAUUGGCAUGCUCAACAUCACUACAAUAUGUAAUUGCAUUCCAAUAGUUCUACAAUUAAUACAAUUGUCAUUGAAAUUAUCGUGUAAGUUCUCUUGCCAUGGUGAAGUAGUCGAAUGAAUUAAAUCAGUCACUAUAAUUAGGAAUCUUUUAAACUUUAUUAUGAAUGGCCACACUCACAAGGUAGCUGACAUUUCAGGAGAGGUGUCUGAAUGCAAAGCCUGAAAAUGACGGAAGUAGAACAAAGUUACCGUAGGUUUUGAUAAAUACUCCGUGAAUAGUAUCUCUUAGGCCUAUUGGACAUAUGUUCGGUUAUAGGAAUCUAUGCAAGUCAGGGAGCAAGACCGGCAAUAACGGGAAUUAAGAAUGACGUUAGCUUACUUUGGUAUGGAAAAAACAGGCUUCUACAAAAUGGGAAUUAAGUACGCCGUUGUUGUUUUGAUUGUAAUUGAUUUUUUUUAAUGAAUUAAAUGUUCCUGAUAGGGUGCAAGAGACCAGA